CCAUGAAGUGUUUUUAUUUUGAGGUCGCGAGUUAAACGAAAAGGAGAACAAAAGGCAGCUUACACCUCCUCCGCGGAUAACGUUUUUUUUUCCCUGAAGCAUAUUGCUAAAACUACUUCGAUUACCACACUGCCUGUGUAAUUUCGCCAACACUUCCUCAGUGUGUGGCACGGGACCUGUGAGCUCAGCUGGGCUGGAUUGGUCCGUCACAACAUCGGUUAUCAGUCUCUCUCCGCUCCGCUGACAGCUAGCUAGCUGUCGCGGUACAGACGCUACUUACACCGCAGCCGACCGAGGAGAAGGAAACCCACAUUUCUGACUUGUAGGCCGAAUAAACAGGUGAAGGCACCGAUUCCCUCUGAGGUUGUCAUCUGAUGGAGCAGUGGUUGUCAGUCUUUGUGAAGAGGCACCAUGUUUCCUUGUCAUGUCAGCCCCUGGCCCUCUGCUGAGCCGCCGGCCUCCUGCGGUCAUGCACCCCCAGCACAGCCCUCACAGCCCCUGCCUGAUCUGCUGUGCAGCUGUCCCGCUCCACCUUCAAACACCCACUCUGAGACGCCCUCACCAGACCCCAUGGAGUCCCUCAUCGUGGUCACAGAGUACGAACCCAGCAGACCACCUGGAGAGGCUGGAGAGGAGGAGGUAGAAGAAAUGGACAGUUCUGAGACGCCCGAGCCAGCUGCCUCCGUGACGGCAUCCUUACGGACUUCUUCUUGCGACCUGCUGUCCCACACAGUCGGCCGGUCAGAGGCUCUACAGCCCGAAGGCCAAGAGCAAAGGGGAAGGUUAAACCUGUCAGACCGGAAGCUGUCUCUGCAGGAGCGCUCGCAAACUGCAACAUCACCCUGCAGCUCACCGGGACUCAACGGGCGCUAUAUUUACCCAUCCUUACCCUACUCUCCCAUCACAUCACCCCACUCAUCUCCACGCUUGCCCCGCCGGCCCACUGUGGAGUCCCACAGUGUGUCCAUCACAGACCUACAGGACUGCGUUCAGCUCAACCAGUACAAGCUGAAAGACGAGAUUGGAAAGGGCUCCUAUGGUGUUGUCAAACUGGCUUACAAUGAAGAUGACAACACAUACUACGCGAUGAAGGUGUUGUCCAAGAAGAGGCUGAUGAGACAGGCGGGUUUCCCACGGAGGCCUCCCCCUCGUGGAGCCAGAGCAGCCCCGGAGGGUCCCCCUCAGCCCAAAGGACCCCUGGAGCGAGUCUAUCAAGAGAUUGCCAUCCUGAAAAAGCUAGACCAUUCUAAUGUGGUGAAAUUGGUAGAGGUUUUGGAUGACCCCAGUGAGGACCAUCUGUACAUGGUGUUUGAGCUGGUCAAGCAAGGGGCUGUGAUGGAGGUGCCGACAGAUAAACCUUUCAGCGAGGACCAGUCACGCUUUUACUUCCGAGACCUGCUCAGGGGAAUCGAAUACUUACAUUACCAGAGGAUCAUCCACAGAGACGUCAAACCGUCUAACCUGUUGGUGGGAGAAGACGGACACAUUAAGAUAGCAGACUUCGGAGUCAGUAACCAGUUUGAGGGGGCUGAUGCCCUCCUGACCAGCACAGUGGGAACGCCUGCUUUUCUGGCCCCUGAAGCGCUCUCAGAGACCAGAAAGAACUUCUCUGGGAAGGCGUUGGAUGUUUGGGCCAUGGGAGUGACACUUUACUGCUUCGUCUUUGGAGUGUGUCCAUUUAUGGACGAGCGUAUCCUUAGUCUCCACCAGAAAAUCAAGACACAACCUGUGGAGUUACCUGAACGCGCCGACAUCUCAGAUGAUCUCAAAGAUUUGUUGCUGAGAAUGUUGGACAAGAAUCCAGAGACCAGAAUAUCAAUCCCACAGAUAAAGGUGCACCCGUGGGUGACGAGGCAUGGUGCUGAGCCUCUCCCUCCGGAGGAUGACAACUGUUGUAUGCUGAUUGAGGUGACGGAGGAGGAGGUGGAAAAUUCUGUUAAACACAUCCCGAGCCUGGCUACAGUGAUUCUGGUGAGAACGAUGCUUAGGAAGCGCUCCUUUGGGAACCCCUUCGACUGGGGCCGUAAAGAGGACCGCAGCAGUUUGUGUGCUCCGGGGCAAACACUCACGAAGCAAGAGAGUGGUGAUGGCAUGAGGAGUAUGGACCUGCCCUACGUGGGAGAGGAUGAGGCUCUUUCCUGAUGCAGAGGGUUCAUUAUGCACGCUGGUAUUUUCCUGCCUGCAACCACACAGCACAGCACCCCUUUACUCACAGUUUUAUACUGGCAGCCUGUGUACAUUUCCUGGGAGUGUGGACGAGUGUGGCAGAAAAAAAAGAGAAAAAAAGGAUCUAAGAACAAUUUUAAAUCUUUUAUUCUGUUCUCUCCUCUUACAAGGUUCAGUUGGGGUUGUGGGACUGUUCCAUGAGAGGAUCCCAGUCAAUCUUGAACCUGUCUUCAGCUCUUAUUGCCCAACCUACUCUCCCUCUCUUUUCCUGCAUGCAUUUAUAGUCCUCGCAUGCUUUUGUCUCAGGCUUCAACUGUACAGUUUCAUGUUUUACUGUAGUCUAGCCACUUGUGUUUCUCCUUGUCUUUACUUGACAAUUCUUUCAGGUACACAGGGCAUGGGAACAGCGACGCACGGUGACGGUUUACGGGGACAUUCUCGUUAGUCUUCUUGACAAUGAUUGUCUGGUUCACUCUGCUUCAGGGUAGCAGUGCCCAGUUUUGUAACAUAUUUUAGAGUGAAGUAUCUGUACAGUUUUCCCAAAAUGAAAAAGGGGAGUGAAAAAAUGUUUACUUCAUUGAAUGCAUGUGUUUACAUUCCCAAUGCAAGCACUCUAUAAGCUAUUUAUGAACAUUUGCACGCUCAUAGACCCACUGGUUUGACGCAAUUUUUGUUUAAGUCUUAUCUUGAGCCGUCUUAACGAAGUUUCCCACUGACUACAAUCAAUAGAAAGCUUUAAAAACAGUUGCUUUGUGAACAAUCAUCAUUACAGCAUACAAGAUUACAUGGGGAAAAAGUGGAUUUAAUUCUUUUGCAAAGCUUGUGCUUUUAGAUGAUCUUUUUUUAAGAGAUAUGACUUUUAAGUGUUUGCUAUAUAUUUUUAAAUUCACAGAGCUACAACAAAUUCAGCAAUGAGGGUACUGAACUACCAAAUGCAUAUGAGAAAAAUGUGUUGGUUUAAAAUUAUUCUUCAGUCAUUAUCUGCAGUGGUUCAAAUUGUUCUCACAAAUCAGAUCUCACCAGUUUGUUUGGACACACCAGGUUGUGUGUGUUAUACUGAGGAACAGAGCCGGCCCUAACUAUUGAGCAAUUUAAGCAGCUGCUGAUGGUCUUCGGGGGUGGGGGAUAAUAAUAAUAAAGAACUUAAAAAAAAUAAAUAAAUAAAUAAAACUCACAAAAUAUAUCAUAUUAUUAUUAUUAUUGCCAAUUUUAUAUGAAAUUAGGUUUCAAAUUUGUGAAAAAUGAGCACUAUUCUCUUCUUGGAGACGCUAGAGGCUUGCCUGUGAAGGAGCUGGUACGGCAGCUAACUUAACAGUCUUUUAAGUGUUUUCAAAUAUCUUUUUUUUUUUUAACAUUUAUAAUGUGUUUGUAAAGAAAUUACUUAUUUACCCAGACAUUAUCAGUUUGCCUGCACUGCUGCCCAUAAUUUCAAUUAAAUAAAUAAAUAAAUUACAUUUGGAGGUUGGUUUAAGAGGACCAUUCAUAGGAUUUGGAGUUAAUAGACAAAUACAGUAUUUACUGUAGUCUAUUUAAACACAGUGUUGCUGCUAACAACACAUUACAAUGAGGGGCCCCCAAACCAAAUCCUCCAAAAGUUUAGGGCUGGCCCUGCUGGUAAUGAGCGUUUCACAUGUUCCAACUCUGUCAUGUUUUUGUUUCACCUCUCAAAGUGGAUGUUUGUGUGUGAACUGAAAACACAAAAUAACGACUAUUGAACCUCAAGUUGAAAUCGUGAAUGUUUUAUUUGUUUCGUAUUGUAAGAGUCACUGGUGUUAUUUUAAAACGGCACAUUUUCAGGACACCAAAAACUUCAACUGUGUCUAAUUUUGUACAGUAUAGUGCAGUAACUAAAAACCUUUAAAGUAUUUGUUCAUUGAACUAUUAGAGCUGGCUACUGAAGGAAGUCUUGAGAUGGAAGCAUAGUGCAGCUGCAGACUUUUUGUACAAAUCUAUGCAUGACAUACCUGUCGAGGUGUUGACCUUAAAAAUGUUGUCAUCUUUGUUUGGAGGAGUAGGCCACUCUGCAAAUAUUUCAUUAAUUAUAAAUUUACUUUUUUAUAUAUUGAUGUGUUACACUUUAGAUGAUCCCAAAGCAGUAAAUUAGCAUUUUCCUACUUUUGUUCCUUUUGUUGAUCUGUUUUCUCAAAUAUUUCAGUGUAGAUAAAGGCACUUAGAAUAUUGACACAAUAUUGAUUAUAACUUUUAAUGCUUCCACAAACUAAUUACUUCAGCGCUUACGUGUUGAAGCUAUGAGAAAAGGGAUUUUGGAUUUUUUUUUUAACUUACUACUUGCAUGUCACGCUGAACUGUCUGUUUUCUAAGACUAGUACUAUGCAUAUGAUGUGUCUUUCUCUGUGUGGUGCAGUGGUACACCCUGGCAGUGGCUGGAUGUGGUUGACUGAUUCUAAUAAAUUUCUGCUUAACCGAUGUGUGCUCCUUACUGCGGAGUGCUCCAAAUAGAUUAUAUUUCCAUUAAAUUAUUGUACUGUAAAUUCGAAGAAGAAACUUGUCGAUGAAAGCCAAUGAUCUUCUAAUGCGCAGAAAAUUAGUUGCAGAAUCGCCUCAAUUUGUGUUAUACUGUGAAAUGUUACCUCAUUUAAACACGCUUUCCACGCAUUCACAAGAUAUUUUGCAUUCUGACAUCCUGUAAGUUGCUAUUUUUUAUCUAAAAAAGACAUGAAGUUCCCUUUUGGUGUGAAUAAUUUGCCCUCCAUGACCAACAAGAAUAAAUUGAAAGUGUUUUGACUGCAGGGUGGCAGUGCAAGCCACAGAAAAGCUGUAAGAUAAAUAUUUUAUACAUACAAUAUUUAAACUCGUAGUUUGUCUCAAUACAGUCUUUGCUCAUUCUUGCAAGAAGGGCCGGACUAGGUGACUAUUAACCUUUAUCGUUCACAUGAUUUUGCAUUCUGUAGUGUGAAUUUAUUUCACUAAAGAGCCUUGGGGGCUCUUUUCCCCUAAAUGCAUGCCAACAUACUGAACACAUACCACUGUAUUGUCAUAGCAUGAGAGGUCCUUGACAACAAAAUGAGACCUUUAAAUUAAUUAUUCUAUACACACUGUAUCUUGUUCAUCUUUGAAUAAAAUAUUAAUGCCUUUC